ACGUGCUUAUUGACUUAUUCUGAAGGUUUUAUUUUUCCCACCAUUUCUCCAAGUCAUGGCAGAAGAGACGAAAGGGAUGACCUCCGAGAUCGGAUCACAUCAGGAGGAUCAUGUUUCUGGUAUAGACAAAGGGUCGCAAAAACACGAGAAGCUCAAGAUACCUUUACAUGCAUAUUGGAGAGUACGUCGUCCAGCAACUUACAGCAUCACGUUCGACACUUAUGCCAAAAUGGCGGAGCUGGUAAAGGAUGGAUAUUACGAGUCCCUUCCUUUCACUUCCGGUGGAUAUACUUGGACGUUCAAAUUCUACCCAAACGGAAACAAGGGGGAAGGCGCAGUGCCAGGAUGGGUUUCGGUUUACACAAAAAUCGAUACCUCAAUCUUCGUCACAAACCCACAAGAUGUGUAUGCGGAUAUCAAGUUCUUCGUCUUCGACGGUUUCCAUAAAAUCUAUUAUACACACCAAGAAAGUGAGCCAGUAAGGUUUGAUAAUGAAAAUUCGGAGUGGGGAGUGGCGAAUUUUCUGACCACGGGAUGUUUCGUCGACGGAGCGUCGGUAUUUAUUUACGACGGAGGGAAAUGUCAAGUUGGAAUAGAUAUCUUCGUUGAUCAAAGCUACCAGAGGGAAGUUUUCUCUUAUGACGAAAACGUCACCAACCCCAUUUUCACUUGGAACAUCACCAAUUUCUCUACCCUCUAUCAUAACUCUUACACAUCCAAUACGUUUUCUUCUGGAAACAGAAACUGGGUUUUGAAAGUGUAUCCAAAUGGAUAUGGUGUUGGAAAGGAUAAAUAUUUGUCACUCUUCCUGAUGAGUGAGAAUAAUGAAAUCAAUUACGUUAAAGCCACGCUACGAGUUCUAAACCAAAUUACAUCCCGCAAUGUGGUGAAGCAAGUUGAGGGAUGGCCCAAUGCAGCAGAAAAUGGAUGGGGUUUCCAGGAGUUCAUAACUCUUGCAGAUCUUCAAGAUAAAUCCAAAGGUUUCGUUGUGAACGAUAUGCUUCAAGUUCAAGUCGAGAUCACGGCCUUCUCUAAACACACUCCGAUUAACUAGUGUCUUUGCUCAAACCGGAGAUCUCUUGAACCUGCUCUAGACGUUUUAUCAUUAGUGGAUCGCCGGAGCCAUGUGAUGCGAGACCCGCUACCUCUCUUUUGUUUUUAUGUCCAAAAUAAGAAAGGUUUCUAUAAAUCUUUCCCCACAAUCUACUCUUCUUUUUAUCAAAAUAAAAAAAUUUACUGUUUUGUUUAUACUCCAUGUGUGUCCAAAAUAAUAAAGAGUUUUGAAACUCUUUUCCACAUUGUGUGAUUAUCCAUCCAAUUGUUUCUAAAUCGUAGUACUGUAUAUAUAAUAAGACUAUUACAAAAAAAAAUUCGAUUAA